AUGAUCCACACUGGGGAAUGGCCCUACGAGUGUGGGGAGUGUGGGAAGGGCUUCAGCUGCAGGUCAGAACUCAUCAGGCAUCAACACAUCCACACUGGGGAGAGGCCCUACGAGUGUUCCCAGUGUCAGAUGAGGUUUCAGAGAAGCUUCAAUCUCCUCCGCCACCAGCGGAUUCACACUGGGGAGAGGCCCUUCCUCUGCCCUGAGUGCGGGAAGGGCUUCAAGCACAACUCCAACCUCAUCCGGCACCGGCGCAUCCACACUGGGGAGAGACCCUACGAGUGCCCCACCUGUGGGAAGAGGUUUCAGAGCAGCUCCAGUGUCCUCCUGCAUGAGCGGAUUCACACAGAUGAGAGGCCCUUCCGCUGCCCUGAGUGUGGGAAGGGCUUCAAGCAAAACUCCACCCUCAUCACCCACCAACGCAUCCACACUGGGGAGAGGCCCUAA